UUCACUCCAUUGAAUCAAGAUGGCGGCCUACACAUCGUCUUUGGCGACAAGAUGCUUAGUUAGAUAUUUAUUAAAACACACUCAAAACAACAUUUGGUUUUCCACGAGCAGCAUUGCAAAAGGCUACACAACAAGCACAUCCACAUCACCUUUGACCCCCUUGAACCAAGCCAGGUCAGACACCUCGGCGUCCACCAGAACUAUCGAGCAGCACUAUGACAGUCUCAUCCGCUGUGGCUCGCUAGUGGAGGACACUCAACAAAUAGAUGCUCUACAUCAGCUGGGGCAACUGCAGAAAACCCUGCGAGGGUAUUCCAACAGCAUCUACCUGACCCCACCCAAGCCUAAGGUGAAGGAGGAAAAAGACGGCAACGCAAAGCAACAGACAGUAAAAGACUCCAAACUGAGCAAAACUGAAGGGGAUGAUGCUCCCACAGAAGAGGAGGAGCCCCUGCCUCCCCCACCACCACCCAGAGGGUUCUAUAUCCAUGGUGAUGUUGGCACAGGGAAGACCAUGCUUAUGGAUAUGUUUUACUCUCAUGUGGAUAACGGACGUAAGAAAAGGGUCCAUUUUAACAGCUUCAUGUUGGACAUCCACAAAAGGAUCCACCGGAGGAAACAAAGCACUCCUCAACGGAGGCUGGGGAAAAUGUUCACCUAUGACCCCAUCUUGCCGGUUGCCAUGGAGAUCAGCAAUGAAACCUGUGUCUUGUGUUUUGACGAGUUUCAGGUGACUGACAUAGCUGAUGCGAUGAUUCUGAAACAGCUGUUUCAGACGUUGUUCAGGACCGGGGUAGUGGUGGUGGCCACCUCCAACAGGCCCCCUGACGAUCUGUACAAAAAUGGACUUCAGAGAGACGCCUUCCUGCCUUUCAUCAACGUGUUGAAGGAAUACUGCCAGCCCAUGGGCAUAGACUCUGGAGUUGACUACAGAAGACUGGACCUACCUUCAGCAGGGAAACUCUACUACCUCACCAGAGAGCCUGAUGCGGAGGCCUUAAUGGAUACGCUGUUUCACGAGCUUGCUGUGAGACAAAACAAUGUAAUGGGUCCCAGGGUUCUGACGGUGCAGGGCAGAGAGUUGAGACUGGAGAAAACCUGUGGAUCCAUCGCUGACUGUACCUUUAAAGAACUGUGUGAUAGACCAGUGGGUGCUAGUGACUACCUGGAGAUGGCCCAGGCGUUUGACACAGUGUUUAUCCGUCAUGUCCCCAUGCUUACCCUGACUCUGAAGGAUCAGGCACGGCGCUUCAUCACACUGAUAGACAAUUUCUAUGACAACAAGGUGAGGGUGGUGCUGUUAGCUGAUGCCCCUCUGGACAGGCUGUUUGUCCACUCUGGAGGGGAGGACGACCGUGACCGCAUGCUACUGGACGACCUGGGCCUGAGCGGGGAUGUGGGGGACCGUCUGUCUCUGUUCACAGCGGAGGAGGAGAUCUUUGCGUUCCAGAGGACCGUCUCCAGACUGACCGAGAUGCAGACAGAGAUGUACUGGACUCAGGGGGACCGCAGUAACACUACACACACACACAGAGGAUCACAGUAAAGUACCCCCAAAGACCUCACAACAAAUAAAAGGGACGGGUAACCAACAGAAACUUCUCUUUUAGACAGAAGUAUAAUAUAACCAGCAAAAAUACCUCAUAAAACACAGACAAUUGGUACAGUAGGGCUCAAUCAAUUGUAUCCCUUUAGACUGGAGUAUAACGUGACAAGCUAAAACACCUCGCAACAGACAGUCAGUCAGGGAGAUAGAGAACUUUUUUUUGUGCACAAAAGCCCGUUUUAGCAAGUAGUCAACUGGGUGGGACUUCCUAUGGGUUAGGGAAGGAUCACAUGAUUCCAUCCAGGUCACCAGGAGGGAUCAGACAAUUAAUUAUACUUGUGAGGAAACAUUUCAUAACUGCAGGUAAAUCGCCAACCUUGUAUUUAUACCUGUUCAAACAACACACUCUAGGUGGCAGUGUGCACUCUUUCAGUUUUUUUUGUCAACUCAUACAAGUAUUAGAAGAAAAUUGACUACUUAAAAAUGGAGAUACCCUCAAUGGCACUGCCCAUGCUGUCACAGAUGCCAUAAUGGGACAUACAACAAUGUGAAGUCUAUGGAGCUAACCGAUAAACACUCCAAAUUUACUGACCUAUCUCCCUCACGUACUUUAAAGGGAACUGACGGGAACAAGAGAAACCCAUUCAUGUCCCAUAUUCGUCUUCCUAAAACAUACAUGGAGAACAGAGGGAGGUAUAGCUACUUGUAAACUGGGUGGUUCGAGCCCUGAAUGCUGAUUGGCUGACAGCCGUGGUAUAUCAGACCGUAUACCAUUAGUAUGACAAAACAUGUCUUUUUAUUGCUCUAAUUACGUUGGUAACCAGUUUAUAAUAGCAAUGAGGCACCUCGGGGGUUUGUGCUAUAUUGCCAAUAUACCACAGUUAAGGCUGGUGUUCAGGCACUCCGUGUUGCAUCGUGCAUAAGAACAGUCCCUAGCCGUGGUAUAUUGGCCAUAUACCACACCCCCUCUGGCCUUAUUGCUUAAUUAGCUAAUUAAGCAAUAAGGGGGGACACAUCAUCAGUAUGCGCUGAAGGGAUGGAAAUAUGAACUGAACAAAUGUACUUCUUGGUGGAUAACUACCGCCCCCCUAUGGUUGGGUUUGAACUGUGCCACUGAAAAAAUAUAAAAUGAAGUGCUGUACAUGUAAUUACAAAAUGUAUAGAUCAAGGAAGAAAUAGCAGUGAGUAUACUUGAGGUAUGUAGCCAGCCAUCUGCCCUGUAAAAAUGCUAAAUGUAAUGUAUUUGUGCCUACUGUUUAAUAAACCAUGCAGUAGAAUCUAAAGGUGAAAAUAAA